GGGUCAGUGACGGCGUGAUGGCUGAAUGUGGGAGGGAGAGAGAGCCGUGAUGGGGGGAACACAAUAACCGUGUCCGUGGGGCACUUGGACAGCACAAGUAUUUCCUGCUUUUCCUUGUAACAGAGCUGCCCUAGAAGGGAAGAGCCCAGAGUUUCCCUCUGACAGUAUGGAAUGCUAGCUUGGAGCUCAUCUGACACACCUGAGGAGGAACCUGUGACAUUCCAGAUUUAGAUGUCUCAAUGGAUAUGUGGAGCUACUUCCAUACUUGCCUGGUGUCCAUAUGGCUGCACAGACUGUACAUCUAUUCUGCUGUUGCUCUUGGGAUCAGCCUUUGGAUUGUCAUUCACUUCACCACCACCAGAGCCAAAAAGAAGCCCUUGGAGAAGGGUGAGCAGUCCCGUGGGAGCCCCUCUGCCCCUGAGGGAGCAUCAGACAAACUGGGCAAUGGAUGUGCCCCCCGUCAGGCACAGAGGAUCCAUGUUGCUGGAGUGAAGAUCUUCUAUGGCUCUCAGACUGGCACAGCAAAGAGAUUUGCCAAAGCUCUGGCUGAAGCUGUUUUUUCCCUUAAUUUGCCUGUGGAAGUCAUUAACAUGGAAGACUAUGAUCCAGAAGAUGGUUUAGUGGAGGAGACAAGCAGCAGGAACAUCUGUGUGUUCCUGGUGGCCACCUACACCGAGGGGCAGCCCCCAGAGAGUGCAAUGUGGUUCUGCAAGUGGCUGGAAGAGGCAGCCAAUGAUUUCCGUGUUGGGAAGAGCUUCCUGCAGGGCCUGAGAUACGCCGUGUUCGGGCUGGGCAACUCGGCCUACGUGGAUCACUUCAACACAGUUGCAAGGAGGAUGGACAGGUGGCUGUGGAUGCUCAGUGCCAGCAGGAUCAUGGCUCGUGCUGAGGGGGACUGCAAUGUGGCCCAGAGCAAGCACGGCAGCAUUGAGGCUGACUUUGAGGCUUGGAAGGACAAAUUCCUCACUCGGCUCAGGGCACUCUGCAGGGGGGAGAAGAAGCCCUGCAGGGGCAAGUGCAAGAAGGGGAAGUGCAAAACUCCAGGGAAGCAGAGCAAGGAGAGCUCAGACCGUGAACAUGGGACGUCAGAACAGGAUGAUACUGAGGGAGAAGAAAUGUUUGAAACCCCUAGUGAGGAGGAAGCUGGAGACACGAAUUCUGUCAUUGAUGUUGAAGAUCUUGGCAAUAUCAUGGGCCACAUGAAGAAAGCAAAGAGAGAGCAGGAGCUGCAGGAGGGAGCUGCUGGAGCUGAGAGGAGAGAGAUGAUCACCCCAGCCCUGAGGGAGGCUCUCACUAAACAAGGUUAUAAACUCAUUGGGAGCCAUUCUGGGGUGAAGCUCUGCCGUUGGACAAAGGCCAUGCUGCGGGGCCGCGGGGGCUGCUACAAGCACACCUUCUAUGGCAUCGAGAGCCACCGCUGCAUGGAGGCCACCCCCAGCCUGGCCUGUGCCAACAAGUGUGUCUUCUGCUGGAGGCACCACACGAACCCCGUGGGCACCGAGUGGCGCUGGAGGAUGGACCAGCCCGAGCAGAUCCUGCAGGAGGCCCUCGAGAAGCACCAGAGCAUGGUCAGGCAGUUCAAAGGUGUGUCAGGAGUGAAGGCAGCCCGGCUGGAGGAAGCUCUGGCAGUGAAGCACUGUGCCCUGUCCCUGGUGGGGGAGCCCAUCAUGUACCCCCACAUCAACCAGCUGGUGAGGCUCCUGCACCAGCAGGGCAUCUCCACCUUCCUGGUCACCAACGCCCAGUUCCCCGAGGAGAUCAGGAAGCUGGAGCCUGUGACCCAGCUCUACGUCAGUGUGGAUGCCAGCACCAGGGAGAGCCUGAAGAGGAUUGACAGACCCCUCUUCAAGGACUUCUGGGAGAGGUUUCUGGACAGCCUGAAGGCCUUAGCUGAAAAGGGUGUGACCUACUGUGGGGAGAGCUCGGCCAGCAGCCUGACCAUGGCCAACGUGCCGUGGCACGAGGAGGUGCUGAGCUUCGUGCAGGAGCUGGCGCGGCUGCUCCCGGACUACGGCAUCGCCUGCGAGCACGAGCACUCCAACUGCCUGCUGCUGGCCCACUGCAAGUUCCAGGUGGAUGGCGAGUGGAGGACCUGGAUUGACUACGGCCGCUUCCAGGAGCUGGUGCGGGAGCGCGAGCGCAGCGGCGGCGCCAGGACCUUCACAGCAGCCGAGUACACGGCCAGGACUCCUCCCUGGGCCCUCUUUGGGGCCAAGGAGCGGGGAUUCGACCCCCUGGAUGUCAGAUUCCAGAGGAAGAACAAGGCACGGGAUGCCUCGGGGUGCUGAGGCUGGGCUCCCUCACCCUGGCCUUCCCAGGACUCCAUUUGGGGCUGACACCGUCUUGGAUCCACCCACCUGGAUUAUCCUGAUGUUUGGGAAGGGUCCAGCCUGGAUUUAACCCUUCCCUCCUGUUUUUAGGGCUUCCUGGAUGAAAUAUUGAUAAUGUUCUCUUGAGAUCAAUCAGAGCUGGUUCAGCUGCAGUGGGGGAGCAGUGCUGGGAUCUCCUCAGUGGGGAAUGUUUGGAGUGGGAUGUGGGGCCAGAGGGGUCCUUGGGCUCCUCUGCAAAGAGAGCCUGGCAAAACAUUCCACAUCCCCAUGGAAAAAUGCCAGCGGAUUUCAAUCCCACAGGGUUGGAUCAGGGCCACAGCCAGACCUGGAUCCAAAAGCUGAUCCCUGCUGGGAGCAUCAUUUUAGGGAUUUGUUCAGGACACACUGAUGCCAUUUCCUGUAAAAACCCCAUUCCCAAGAAGCCAAACCUUGGGAAUGGUGUACCAGCACCCCCAUGGACACCACCUGCAGCUUCUGACACCUCUCCAAGUGUCUUUGAACCUCAUGGCUUUGGGAAGGAGGUUUAGGAGCAGUGUUACCCCACUCCCAGAGCCCUAAACAGCAGCUCCAGUCCUCCAGAGCCCUGUGGGCUCCAGCUGGGUGUGCCCAGUGCUGCACAUGGAGCAUCCCUGUCUGGGGAUUCCAUUGCUUUUUAAAGGCAGCCUCUUUUCUUAAGCUGUACAAAGAGUUUCUAAAGCAGAAGGAAAAUAAAGGAGUUUUUCCUA